AUGGGCAUCGAUUGUAGUAGGAUCACGCCAUUUGGGUCUCCCUUGGUUGGAUUUGCAGGAGAGCAAGUCCAACCUAUUGGAAUCAUUUCACUUCCCGUCACAGCAAGAGCAGCUCCUAGGCAAUCGACUAUUAUGGUAGAUUUCUUGGUAGUUGACCGACCAUCUGCCUACAACGCAAUAAUCAGUCAGCCAACCUUGAAUAAGUUGAAAGCAGUAACUUCAACCUAUCACUUGAAGAUGAAGUUCCCGACAGAGGAAGGAGUCGGAGAAGUCAAGGGUGAUCAAACUGCAACAAGGAAGUGUUAUAUAACUUCCUUGAAGAAGCCUUCAAAGGCCACACCUUUGACAGUAAGUACCGUGCGAUGUAGAAAGGAAGAUGAACCAAAAGGUGAGCCUGCCGAGACACUAGAAGACAUGGCAGUAGCAAAUGGCAAAGUGGUGAAGGUUGGUUCUCAACUCUCCUUGGACGUCCGAGGAAGCCUUGUCACCUUUCUGAAAGCAAAUUUGGAGGUAUUUGCAUGGACACGUGAAGACAUGCCGGAUAUUAGCCUUGAAGAAAUACUCCACCAGCUGAACGUGGAUCCCAGUGUAAAACCAGUGAAACAAAAAAGAAGGAAAUUCGCUCCUGAGCGAAACAUGGUGAUAGCCGAGGAGGUAGAGAAUUUGCUAAGAUCUCGAUUUAUUGAAGAACUUCGAUGCUUGACCUUCUUGUUAAAAUACCGAGCCGCUAUUUCCUGGUAUGCUGACAUGGAUACUUGA